AUGCUCACUGUCGUGGACGCUGAGCAGAACACAUUUCCUAUCGAUACGGAUGCAACUAUUGAAGUAGAAAAUUUCAAGGUAUUUCUUGAGGCCGAUACCAACAUUCCUGCAGAGCAACAGGUCCUGCAAUUCCAAGGCACAAAGCUGGAAGAUGGAAAACGCACGCUUGCUUCCUACGGUGUCUCUGACCAGGAUUUAUUGAUGUUGGCAGAUGCGAGGAAGGUUGUUCCAGGUGCUGGCACUCAGUGGGAGGAAAAUGGCAGGAUGGCAGAGGUCGCGCGCAGCCAAAUCUUGCAGUCUGUGCCGUUGCAGGAUCAGUUGCGGAGUAGCAAUCCAGCGCUGCUCGAUGCAGCCUUGCAUUCCCAAGAGCGGUUUUUGCAAGCUAUCGGUCAUCAGCGGGGCCAUUUGCAACAAAUGCGUGCUCGUAGCGAUUUGGCGCUUGCGGAUCCGUUCGACGUGGAAGCGCAACGGCGUAUUGAGGAGGCAAUACGCGAAGAACAAGUGUAUGCAAAUAUGGAACAUGCGAUGGAAUAUAACCCUGAAGUUUUUGGCAAUGUUAUCAUGUUGUACGUGGACUUAAAAGUGAACGGACACCCCGUCAAGGCAUUUGUGGACAGCGGCGCACAAACCACGAUCAUGAGCCCAGAAUGUGCAGAGCGCUGCGGAAUCAUGCGGCUUGUGGAUACGCGGUUCGCCGGGGUUGCCAUGGGCGUUGGUACUGCGAACAUUCUUGGGCGUGUACACAGCGCACCUAUUCAGCUCGCUCAUGAUGUGUUUGUGUCUGGCUCGUUUACUAUAUUGGAGGUAUGUAUUGACGGCUUUGUUUAA